AUGGACUUCGCGGAGCUGGAGAAGAAGGAGGGCGUCCGCCUGUCGUGGAACGCCUGGCCCUCCUCCCGGAUCGAGGCGACCAGGGUGGUGUUGCCGUUCGGGGCGAUAUGCACCCCGGUGAAGGCGAUGGACGGGAUGCCCGUGCUGCCCUACUCUCCCGUGGUGUGCACCGAGUGCAGCGGCGUGCUGAACCCGUACUGUCACGUCGACUUUCACCAAAAACGGUGGCAGUGCUGCCUGUGCAACACCGGGAACUCGCUCCCCCGCAACUACCACGAGAUCAACGAGAACAACCUCCCCGCGGAGCUCUUUCCCGGGUACACCACCGUGGAGUACCAGAUGGAGAACAAGAACCCGCGGCCGCCGUGCUUCCUGAUCGUGCUCGACACCGCCAUGUCCGCGGAGGAGCUUCAGGACGCCAAGGACUCGCUCGGGCAGCUCGUCGCGCUCCUGCCGGAGGAGUGCCUCGUGGGCCUCAUCACGUUCGGCGCCACGGUCACCGUUCACGAGCUGUGCGACGGGAACGCCUUUCCCAAGUCCUACGUCCUGAGGGGCACGGAUGACGUGACCCAGGACCAGCUGAAGAAGCUGCUGAACCUGGAGCUCUCCCCGUCCGAGUACGCCUCUUACGAUAAACAGAGGGGCAGCGCCGUCGCGGAGGCUUCCAACGCGCUGCGACGCUUCAUCUUGCCGGUGUCGGAGUGCGAGUUCACGCUUCAGACGGCGCUGGAUGAGCUGAGGCCGGACCCGUUCCCGCGGGAGCCGGGGAUGAGGCCGUUCCGCGCGACGGGCGUGGCCAUCGCCGCGGCGCAGGGCCUGAUCGCGGAGUGUCACAGCGCGCAGGGCGCGAGGGUGAUGGUGUUCACGUCCGGGCCGUGUACCAUGGGCCCGGGGAGCAUCGUCGGGCGGGACAUGUCGGAGACGAUGCGAACGCACCAGGAUUUCAACAAGGGGAGCGCCAAGCACUACAAGGCGGCGUCCAAAUUUUAUAACCAGCUCGGCAUACGCCUGGCGACGCACGCGCACACCCUCGACGUGUUCGCGUGCUCGUUGGACCAGGUGGGUUUGGCGGAGAUGAAGACCGCGGUGGACCAGACGGGCGGCGUGAUGGUCCUCGCGGAGCAAUUCGGCGCCGAGGCGUUUCGGAGUUCGCUCCGAAGAAUGUUUGCCAGGGACGCCUCCGGCGCGCUCGACAUGUAUUUCAACGCGACGUUCUCGGUGUUUUGCACGCCGCACGUGAUGGUGUGCGGCGGCAUCGGCCCGAUGUCCGCGCUCGCCGUCAAGAGCAAGUCCAUCUCCGAGAACGAGGUUGGCAUGGGCCAGACCACGUCGUGGCGAAUCUGCUCGCUCAACUCGAACACCUCGGUGGCGGUGUAUUACGAGAUCGUGAACCAGCACUCCAACCCGAUCCCCUCCGGCACCCCGUUCUACCUGCAGUUCUGCGUCCGGUACAAGCGAAGCAACGGGGAGAUUCGGCUGAGGGUCAUGACGGUGGCGCGGCGCUGGGCGGAGACGUCGUCGUCGCACGACGUCGUGUCCGGAUUCGACCAAGAGGCGGCGGCGCUUCUCGUCGCGAGGGUGUCGACGUUUAGGAUAGAGCACGAGGAGACGUUCGACUUGCUCAGGUGGCUGGACAGGACGCUGAUCCGCGUGGGGACCAAGUUCGGGGAGUACGCCAAGGACGCGCCGGAGACGUUCCGCAUGCCCGGCCCGUUCGCCAUCUACCCCCAGUUCAUGUUCAACCUCCGCCGGUCUCAGUUUUUGCAGACGGCGAACAACACCCCGGACGAGACCGCGUUCUACCGGCUGAUGAUGGGACGGGAGACGGUGCUGAACUCGCUCAUCAUGAUACAACCGACGCUGAUGUCGUACACGUUCAACGGUCCGCCCAUGCCGGUGCUGCUGGACGUCGCGUCCAUCCAGCCCGACUGCAUCCUCCUGCUGGACACGUUUUUCAUGAUUGUCGUUCACGCGGGCUCCACGAUUGCCGCGUGGCGAAAGGCGAACUAUCAGGACCAGCCCGAGCACGAGGCCUUCCGCGCCCUACUCGCGCAGCCCGUGGCGGACGCGGCGACGGCGAUGGGCGGGCGGUGUCCCACCCCGAGGCUGGUGGAGUGCGACCAAGGGGGCUCUCAGGCGCGGUUCCUGCUGGCGAAGCUCAACCCAAGCGCCACCCACAACACGAGCGACGCGUCAAUGCCGAGCUACGACCGCGCCAUGGGCGGCGGCGGCGGGUACGACGGCGCGGGCGGCGGGGCGGAGAUCAUAUUCACGGACGACAUCUCCAUGAACGUGUUCCUGCAGCACCUCGCCAAGCUCGCCGUGCAGGGGUGAUUUGAAAUGGACAAAUAAUUCUUUUUAGCUAACACUUACACAACAGUCACAGUAAGACUCGAGGAGACUAUUUGGGGUU